UGUCACAGGCCAAGAGAACAGGCUGCCGGAGUUCUUUCAGACAGCUGCCAUGGCGGAAAAUAAUUACAGCUGGUGGAAACUGACCUUCCUUCGGAAGAAAAAAUCCACCCCCAAAGUCUUGUACGAAAGCCCCGACAUCUAUGCCGUCACCAACAACGAGAACCAGCCGGAAGGUACGCUCGCAGACGCCGGCGGCGGCGGACCUGGGGAACACGAAUUCAACGCCCGGCUAGAGAAGAUUGUCGACAAGAGCACCAAAGGGAAACAUGUCAAGGUCUCCAACUCGGGCCGCUUCAAGGAAAAGAAGAAAGUGAGGCCCAUGUUGCCGGAGAACCCCAAUCUCUUUGUGGACAGUCAGCAGGACGAGAAAUGA